GUCUCGGAGAAGAUAAACAAAAAGGAAGGAAGCCUUCGGCCAUAGAAUCGCGGCAAAAUCGGUUCAAAAAUUUAGCUUACAAGCUACAGUUAGCAACUACAUGUGCCCCUUUAUUGCUUAGAUAAUUACCAUUAGGCGUUCGCAAUCAUGGACGAGGGGAUAAUAUUUCGUAUGAGCGCUUUUUCCGAGCAAGGGGGGAGGAAAUACAUGGAGGAUGUUGUCGAGAUAAGAAUCGAGUACGAGCCGACGCAGUCGCCGUCGCCAGCCGAAGAUUAUCCAAAGUCGCAGGGAUAUGGAGGACAGGGGAAAGCCGAGAGUGGACCUACAAAACAGACUGAAAAUGAGACACACGACCAUGGCGGUGCUGCCGAGUCUGGCCCAGCUUCUGCUAUGUGGGUAGAGAGUCUGGCGAAUGAGGACAGUAGCAACAACAGCGCACCGGCAUCAGAGGAAAAAGUCGCAGAGCAUGCAGUCGACACUCGGAAGUCUGUGGCGUUUUUCGCUGUUUUCGAUGGCCACGGGGGCCGAGAAGCGGCACAUUUCGCAAGAGAGAAUCUGUGGGAUUUGUUGAAAAGGCAGCGGGGGUUUUGGUCCAAGGAUCACAGUGAAGUGUGUGCUGCUCUCAAGAAAGGCUUCAUCGCCUGUCAUCAUGCAAUGUGGAAAGAACUACCGGAGUGGCCAAAGACUAUUACAGGCCUUCCCAGUACAUCAGGCACCACAGCCAGCGUGAUUGUGAUCCGUGGAGUUCACAUGUACGUUGCCCAUGUAGGGGAUUCAGCUGUAGUGGUUGGAGUGCAAGAAAAUGACUCUGAUAUCAGGCUCCAGGCACUCGAAAUAACACAGGACCAUAAACCAGAACUUCCUAAAGAAAAAGAAAGGAUUGAACGACUCGGUGGCAGCGUAAUGAAGAAAUCUGGGGUGAACCGUGUUGUGUGGAAGAGGCCCCGGCUGACCCACAAUGGCCCUGUGAGGAGGAGUACAGUCAUUGACCAGAUCCCCUUCCUGGCUGUGGCCCGAUCGCUCGGUGAUCUGUGGAGCUACGAUUUCUACAGCGGGGAGUUUGUGGUUUCGCCAGAGCCCGAUACCACCGUAAUGACCCUUGACCCCAGACGGCAUCGCUACAUCAUCCUUGGCAGUGAUGGACUAUGGAAUAUGAUGCCACCCAAGAAUGCAGUCAACAUGUGUUAUAGCCAUGACAAAAUGGUGGGACCAAAGGGAAUGUCUUGCGCCCGCCGACUAGGAUGCACAGCCCUACUGUUCUGGAAAGAACGUAUGCUUCGAGCAGACAACACAACAGUUAUUGUCCUGGCACUACAGGAGCGCGGAGGCCCACCUAUCCCUAUGCAUCGAGAUGAGAUUGUUGUCGACAUGUCUACAGGAAUUGACCAUGUUCCAUUCCCAGGGACUACUUAUAACACAUGUGAGGUCCCAAAGUGGAGUGAUGCAGUGAAUGCUUCCCCAUUCAAAGAAAGUUCCAUGGCUCUGGAGCAGGCAUUUGGGCUGUAUGAAGCAGCCUCCUGUGCCACAGCACAGCUCUUACCGGACGUUGACUCUGUGAGGGCCACACUGCCCCCCUCAGACGGUUCAGUGAAUGAUUUUGAAAAGCAAGACUCAACAACCCAAAUGGACUGCGCCACUCCUGCUCCUCCAUUAAAAAGGUCUCGCCGUUCCCAGCAUACCCCCCCUGAACUUAGAUGUCCUCCCCGUCGGCUCGGCUGGUCCUCCAACAAAAGUUUCCCCCAGAAGACGACUCAUAGCAAUGUACAAAGUGAAUCCCGUCAAACUCGCGCUCAAAAGAGAAGCUCCUCUGAGGAAAGCAGUAUCCUACCACAGCACCACAAUGCCGCCUUGUGCGUGUGUUGAAUCUUGUCUCACAGAAACAGUGUUUUCGCCCUGAGGCCAGAAGGAUAAUCUGCAUCGUGUCAACCUUGCUCAUGUAUCAGGUGUGCCACAGGCCUAUUCCUAGAUGUAUACUUUUUAUACAGUCUUUGUUUUUGUAAAUAAGUGAGAAAUUUGCGAUUGUAAAUGUGUUGCUGUUUUAACUUUUUCUUCUUGCUCUUCUUCCUGCCCCCUCUUUAAAUUUUAGUCAAUAAAAUUUUAAAUUUUAGAUCCAUUCAAUCUACACAAUCUAUUUUCAUACUUAUGAGUAUGUAUAGUAUAUCCGAAAGAUGUAGUUUGAAGAAGAUGGAUCACUACAGUCUAAGAGAACAUCAAUUUACCAAAUUUGUGACACAUGCAAUCUUCCAGUUUUCAUCCAAUGACUUCACUAUUUUAUUUUUAAUUUACUUGUUGGAGUCUUUCCUUUAUUUUGGUGAAAACCUCAGACCAGUUGUUUGGAAUCUUUCCUCUCAUGAAACGUGCUACUCAGCCAUUAAUAGGCUUUUCUUUUAUCGUUUAAUCAGGUGCAAUAGAAGCCUCUGGCAGUGGUAAUACUGUAGCAUGCAAAAUAAUGGAAAAACCUGACAAGCAGUGGUCUGAGGUAAUUAUGUGGGUACUGACUUUUAAGGCUAUAUUAUUUGUUUUGUGUCUUUACCAGUGGCUAAAUAUACUGUCAAGAUCACAAUUGCUACUCAGCUAAUUGUUGUAUCUCAUGCAUAGCUUACGAGGUGGUGUUAAAGGGUCAGUUUACCCAAAUCAGAAAAUAAAAGAUAUACCCCAGUGGUAUCUAUCCAUGUAGAUACUGUAUUGUGAUUUUAGUGAAUUGACCCUUUGAUGGUACUUUGCUUGAUAUAUUUUGUGUGUGCUGGAGAGUCAUAUUGAUCCAUUCCAAGCAUGUCAAUUUAUGAUUUGGCCAAUGGGUAUUGGUACUGUUUUGGGUGCUGAUGUAUAAGCCAAGAUCAAUACCUGUGCCUCAGUGGAAGGUGGUAGGAGUCUGUUUUGCCCUGUUUGUAUAACAUCCAGUUUCAGUGCCCACUAGGCACUAGAACCAUUUUGAUAGGCCUUCCUCUUUGUUUUCAUAUAGUACUGUAUAUUCUUGUGUGUGGUUUGUUCCCAUAACUUGUGUUUUAAUCUGCACUUAAAACACCUUAUGGUACGAAUGCAGGAAGUGCCCGUUUCAUGAUAACUAGUAAUUUACCAUUUGUGUUGAUAUGGCAGCUCAGCUACUGUUCUAGCUGAUUUCUUUGCCUUCAUGUUACAUAAGAGUCAUGGUUGCCUUAGCACAAAUGAGUCACAGGUGCUUUUCACAGGUUUUCCUAUUUGGGACUCAAACGGGUUAGAAUAUCUAGGAUAUGUCAAUGUGUCUAUGGCCGUGGCCCAGCUUCAACUGUUUGUCAUGCACCUUCAGUUCUAUACCAGUGUCAUUUUGCCAUCCACACUACAGCAUACUAAACCUGGUUCAUGUUUUACAGUUCUAUUACAGAGCAGUUUAAUGGUUUUGUACAGUAAGUCAAUAUGCAAUAGAAGUUUGUACAGUACAUUAUUAUGCAAAGUUAUUGGGGGUUUUCAGGAGUCUGGCAUGCUCAGAUCUACUCUCUAUGUUGUGAAGUGUCCAGAGGUAAUGGAUGUUAAUGGGCAUGUUUGUUUUUUUGUUUUGUUUUUUUCUUGGCAAUUACAAAACUUGGGUCUGGCUUCAUAUCCAUUGGAGCCAGUUUUCAGGACUAACUGUAUAAGCUACAUGCUUUGAAAGUGACUUGAUAUACAGUGUCUGUGUGGUGUAAUAAAGUUCUCAUUUUCCAAUUGGUGCUGUUACAUCCGCUGCAGUGUCUAUGUUGUUCACACAACGAUAUCCAACCCUGUGUGUGAAACUGCUAUCAUGACUUUAAUUAUUGACUAAAACAUGUAUCUGUUUCAUUAA